GUUCCUCAAGGCUGUUUAUACCUGCACCGUCCCUGGACAGCGACUGCCUGCAUUCUCGACUCGUCUCCGAUUCUCUCUCGUCACUGUUACCGUAGUCAGGAGCAUUACGGGUGGUUUUGUCAGUUCCCACGUCUCUUCACUCCAUCUGCCCAUUUGGCUACAAUCGUGUAUAAAUAUCAAACAUGUCGAUGGCGAUCUCAGUGUUCUGUCUGUCCUUCUAUGCUUUAGUUCAUCUGGAUGACUGCAGUCAAGAGAGAUUUCGAGUGUCUUCCUUUCUCUCCUCUUCUUGUGCAAAAUAAAAAUCCGAAAAUACACACUGUUGUUGCAAUUUAAUUGUCGCACUCUCCUGCCUUCGACCUCAUCUUUCCCAUUGGAAAUCAAGAGCCCAACGCACAAACGUCGUAAUUCGUUGCUGGAAGUUGUCCACAUGUACUUGUGGAUCAACAUCUUGCUCAAGUUGCAGAACAAUGUCCACUGAAAAUGUAUGAAUUCAGCAAAACAUAUGUAGGACUCUAGUGAAGCUUUGGCUCGUUUCGACGCUGGAUAGUAAGCUCCUUGCUUUUUCAGGAGUGAUGAAGACUCUACUGCUUACUCUACUCGUUGUUGGACAUCUGCAUGGAGCACUUGGUAUAUACUGGGGAUGGAGCCCAGCUCAUGCAACCUUUUAUGGCGGAAGCGAUGCACAAGGAACUCAAGGAGGUGCUUGUGGUUAUGGUAAUCUAUAUCGAAUUGGCUACGGCAUCAACACAGCUGCUUUGAGUACAGCAUUAUUUGCUAAUGGACUCUCUUGUGGAGCCUGCUUCGAACUCAAGUGCAAUUCACCGAGAUGGUGUAAAUCUGGAAGAAAUCCUAUCAGGAUAACAGCAACCAAUUUGUGCCCUCAGAACCAUGCUCAUCCCAACAAUGCCGGUGGCUGGUGCAACAUGCCCUUACAGCAUUUUGACAUGGCCCAGCCUGCCUACGAGCAGAUUGCCAUUUAUCGUGCCGGGAUAGUUCCCGUUAUGUACAGAAGGUACUUUUACCGCUGCUAAUGAACCCGUCUUAUUGUUGUCUGCAGUUAUUUCCCCUCCGAGAGGUGAAUAUUAAUCCUUCGUCCGAAGGUCUGAGAACCCUUGAAAUCAAGGCCAGUUAUGAAGACUUUCAUGUACAAACCGCAUUGGGGUCCUUUGUUUGUUUCAGCUUGUUAAUUACUAGCAGAUCUAGAUCACAUAGAGACCUUUGGUGGCGUGUGUUCAGACAGACCUUAAAUGAUUGAACAACAGAAGUGCAGAUAAUUGUCAUCAGAGCAGUAUACUAUUGGAUUUGGACCAGCUUGGUGAGGUCCUUCUGUGAUACUUUUGUGCGAUAAUUUCCCAAGCAAUGUGUUUCAGUAUUUUGACUCGAGAAACUGAUGUAGACUACAAAACCGAUUCGUUUUUCGCAAAUGGUUCAGAGUGCAGUGCAUAAAAUUUGGUGGCAUCCAUUUCACGAUGAAUGGGAACCGUUGGGAGGUCCUAGUUCUUCUCACGAAUGUAGGAGGAGCUGGUAAUGUACAUGCAGUUUCUGUGAAGGGUCCACAUACGAACUGGUUGUACAUGCGGAGGAACUGGGGUCAGAACUGGCAAAUCAAUGACAAACAGCUUGCAGGGGCCACUUUAUCUUUCCGAGUCACAACUGAAGAUGGGCGUGUUGUCACGUCCUGGGACGUCGUACCUCAUUACUGGCGUUUUGGUCAAACUUUUGAAGGUUUAAACUUCUAGGUUAUUUGUUUUAUCGCCGGGUCUCGUAUACCGUAGAGCCAACAGUAUCCAUGCAACUUUAUAGACUUCUCGUUACUGACAGUUUACGUGAAACUUUCUUUCAAACGGGCCCCAUAUUCCAGGAGGCCCGGUGUCAACCGAAGUUUAGCUAUGACAAACUUGACACUGAUUUUUGAAAACUUGUCAUAUUAUCCUUGAUAUUCUCCUGUUGCAGAUACUUUGUGCUGUACUGUCG